AUGUACAACUUUGACACCAAGGUAAUCCUACAUCACGAUGGCCGAAACGAGUGGUUCGCGCCAACAGAAAUCAAGUCCAUCUGUAAGAUCGACAUUACAUUCUUCCCUUUUGAUGAACAAACGUGGUUUUUAACUUUUGGCUCUUGGACCUACAACAGUCAACACUUGGAUCUUGCGCUUAAGAACAACACUGCUGACCUGCAAAAGUACACCCGUAAUGGCCAAUGGACCUUAGUCUCCGUAAACGCCACGAAAAAUACAGUUAAGUACAGUUGUUGCCGAUCGGAACAUCGGUCACCCUUCGAUUUUACCAUUUCAGUGACCCGGAGGAAGAAAUUCCCGCUUGGGUUGAUUUCUUUGUAUUUGGCUGUCUGGCAAGGGUGUUGCGAAUGA